AUGAAAAAUAGAGUACCAAAAAAUACAGAUUUGGUCCCAGAUAAGGAAUUUAAGAAAAGUGAAAGGGGUUCCAGUCAAGUGUCUGUACGGGAAGAUGGUAAAAUGGCAGUCACUAAGUGGCUGGAUAACAAGCCAGUAUCUAUGCUGUCAACCAGUGAAAGCAAAGAACCACAACAUCAGGUAAAAAGGUGGAACAAAAAGGAAAAGAAAUAUAUCACUGUUAGUCAACCGGCAGUGAUAAAUUCCUAUAACAAGAAUAUGGGGGGAGUUGACCUGGCGGACAGAAUCAUGUCGUACUGCCCUAACCGCUCCAAAACUAAAAAGUGGACUAUAAGGUGCAUAAUGCACUUUUUUGACCUUGCAAUGUCUAAUGCAUGGCUGCAGAUGAGAGAGUUCAAGAGAAGUCAAAAUGUCCGCCCAAAAGACAUCCCCCAAUUCAGAGCUUUUAAACUGGCAUUUGGUGUACGCCUGAUCGAACAAAACCUUCAGGAUGAUAACGAAAGUUGUGGAUCUGAACUUGAAGAAUGUGACGCUGUCCAUGAUGUCGGGGAUGGAAGAAAGGUAGCAACACCUUCCAUCGAAGUACGAACAAGAGGCGCCAUCCACCUCCCACAAGUAACAACUGGAGUGCAAAAAAGAUGUCGCAGAAAGAACUGUGGAAAGAAAACAUCAGUGUUCUGUAUUAAGUGUAAUGUUUACCUUUGUCUAAUGGGAAACCGAAACUGUUUCUCAUCCUUCCACUCAAAGUAG